CUGGACAGAAUGUUCGCUUCGACGUCACAAAGAAAUGAUGAUGGUUUGCGGGCGUCUUAAAAUAUCUCGUUACUUAUAGCAAAAUCCGGAAAACUGCAUACUAUCGGAGAGAAGUUAAUUUUGCCAGCCGUUGAAGAGGUUUUAACAACUUUUACACAAACCUACAUCUGAUAUCAUUAAAAGAAUUCCCUUAAGCAACAAUACUGUUGAAAGACGUAUUGAUGAAAUGAGUUCUGAUAUUGAAAGCUUCUUAUGUAAUUAUUUGCAAACGACCCAUUUCUCUAUACAACUGGACGAGUCAACUUUACCUGAUAAAGCAGCAUUAUUAUUGGCAUAUGUUCGUUUUAUUAUGAAUCAAGAAAUCUACGAAGAACUGCUCUUCGCAAGAACUUUGAUAACCGACACUAAAGGUGAAUCAAUAUUUCAUGUUUUGAAGGACUACUUCAUUGUAAAAGCAAUUCCUUUAUCAAAUAUAAUAUCAGUAACUACAGAUGGAGCACCUGCCAUGGUUGGACUGUGACACAUAA